UUUUGUUUUGUGUGCAGUCCAGAUCGACCAUGGCAGGUUUUCUGCUUUUAUUUCUGCACUUUGGAUCGUUUGGCUUCGUUUGGGUCACAGCUGCUGAUCAGAACCUUGCAGGGAUUUCCACUGACUCAGUUCUUAGUCACACUGAGUGGAUUUAUCCUGCAGGGAAUCCCACUGAGAUUUCCACCACAGCAUUUACAAGCAAGUCCAGCAAGUCCACAACUAAAGUUUCAAAAUCCACCACAGCUGGUGCACAAAGAGGAGACCAGCACAAACAAGAAGCUCCUCUUGAACUGGCUAGGAGGUCCAGCAGAAGCAUUAAAGUAGCAGCAAAGACCCGAAGUGUCCUGAAGAAACUCAAAGACCUCACCAAGAAGCCAAAGUAUGGGGCAAAGCCCAUUAAGAAAACCAAACCUGAGCUCAAACUAAGCAUGCGCCAGUCGUUGGCUGCGGAGACGGUCCCACAAUGUCCUCCGCUGGGUCUGGAGUCACUAAAGGUCAAGGACACCCAGCUGAGUGCCUCGUCCUACAAGCGGCAAGGCCUGGGCCCUCACCGCGGUCGACUCAACAUCCAGUCUGGGACGGAGGAUGGCGAUAUCUACGAUGGUGCCUGGUGCGCUCAACGCCGAGAUAUGGAGCAGUGGCUACAGGUUGACGCACAGCGGCAAACUCGUUUCACAGGGGUAAUCCUGCAGGGUCGCAGCUCCAUCUGGAGUUGGGAUUUGGUGCACAGCUUUAAGGUGCAGUUCAGUAACGACACCCUGGUCUGGAAGCCGUGCAUGAACGGAACCAAAGAGGCCAUAUUUGAAGGAAACCAGGACACAGAGACGCCCGUCCUCGCCCUUUUCAAUACUUCCACGAUCGCACGUUACAUCAGGAUCAAUCCACAGACAUGGUACCAGAAUGGGACUCAGGGCGACAUCUGCCUGCGAGCCGAGGUGUUGGGCUGCACACUCCCAGAUCCUAAUCAUGCCUAUGUGUGGCAGACUGAACCAACAGAGUCCAAAGACAAGCUGGACUUCAGGCACCACAACUACAAGGAGAUGAGGAAGCUCAUGAAAUCUGUGCACGAGGCGUGUCCUGAUAUCACGAAAAUCUACAGCAUUGGGAAGAGCCACAUGGGCCUGAAGCUCUACGUCAUGGAGAUCUCUGACAACCCGGGAAAACACGAACUGGGAGAGCCGGAGUUCCGCUAUGUUGCAGGGAUGCACGGGAACGAGGUACUGGGCCGCGAGCUUCUCCUCAAUCUGAUGCAGUACAUGUGUCAGGAGUACAAACAGGGCAACCAACGGAUUGUCCACCUGGUCAAAGAGACCCGCAUCCACCUGCUGCCCUCCAUGAACCCCGACGGAUACGAGAUGGCCUUUAAAAAGGGUUCAGAGCUGGCAGGCUGGGCUUGGGGCCGUUACAGCUACGAGGGCAUCGACAUGAACCACAACUUUGCCGACUUGAACUCGGUGAUGUGGAACGCCAUCGAGCUGGAGACGGACCGCUCCAAACUCAUCAACCACUAUUUUCCCAUCCCUGAGCACUACACCUCCGAGGACGCCUUUGUGGCGGUAGAGACCCGAGCAGUCAUCAACUGGAUGCAGAACAUCCCUUUUGUUCUCAGUGCAAACCUCCACGGGGGAGAGCUGGUGGUCACAUAUCCCUUCGACAUGACGCGGGACUGGGCACCGCACCAGCACACGCCCACUCCGGAUGAGAGCUUCUUCCGCUGGUUGGCCACAGCGUACGCCAGCACCAAUCAGGUGAUGUCCAACCCAGAUCGCCGUCCCUGCCACAACAAGGACUUCCUCAGAUACAACAACAUUAUCAACGGAGCCAACUGGCACAACGUACCAGGAAGCAUGAAUGAUUUCAGCUACCUGCACACCAACUGCUUCGAGGUGACAGUGGAAUUGUCUUGUGAUAAAUUUCCUCAUGCCAGCGAGCUUCCUGUGGAGUGGGAAAACAACAGAGAGUCUCUGCUGAUUUACAUGGAACAGGUUCAUCGAGGAAUUAAAGGUGUGAUUCGGGACAAAGAGACGGGGGCCGGUGUAGCAGACGCCAUCAUUAAGGUCGAUGACAUUGAUCAUCACAUUAGAUCAGUGACAGACGGUGACUACUGGCGACUUUUAAAUCCUGGUGAAUAUCUGGUGACGGCUAGCGCGGAGGGCUACUACCCCUCCAGCCGGACCUGCCAGGUCAUGUACGACCACUACCCCACAAUCUGUGACUUCCACCUCACCAGGAUGCCAAACCCAAGUCGAAAGGAAGAGAAGGAAAACCUCCCGCAGGACCUGCAGCUCAAACUGCGACGGCUGCGACUGCGUAAGCUUCGUGUCUCCACAAAGGCAAUAAACCAAAGGCGUGCUGCCGCCGCCAAAUGGGCAAAGAGGGUGUGAUGCUAAUGAGAACAUCCUGAGUCCAAUGCAGAACUGGGAUCAGUUCAACAAGUUGAGAGACAACUCCAUCUUCUCUUUUCUGUUUUUGACCUUCUUGGUUCUACCCUGAAGAGUGGAACAUAAACUCUGUAGGGCAUCGUUGGACUACCUCCACAUCCAACACACUGGCUCUUGACUGGCAACCCCACCUCCCGAAGGUCGCCAUCCACCUGCUGCAGCCAGGUGAUCCAUGGACACCACCUUGGACUCUUUCAGUUGCUGGAGUUUUCAGCACUGAGGUACAGUUAAACUCACAUAUAAUG